CCGGGAGUGAAGAAUUCAAGGUUCCAAGAGGUCAUACAUUAUUUAUUUAUAAAAAGUAAGAUUCCGAAAAUACUCUUAUAGAAAUGCUGUACACUUUGGGAAAAUUAAAAAACUAGCCUCAUAUGAAACCUAAUCAUAAAAAUCGAAUAAUAAUCCCAUAAAGACCGUACAAGCCAAGUGAUUCGACCUGCAUCUGAUUCUUGCCUUUGUAUUUCGUCAACCAAGCGCCUCAACUCUGCCUACGGCGUAGCGCAGUCCGAAAAACGACAUCAUGAGUUCAUUCGAAAAAUCAGAGGCAAAGACUUGAGGAGCUGUACCUUAUCUCCAACAGAAAUGUGGUCUUUAUUAUUUCAAGUAUUAACGGUAUAUUUCCAGAUGUCAAUUAUACGAGCAACAUUCAGCGAAAAUUGGAAUACCGAAACUGUGAAAAACGACGGUGAACAUCUGAUGAGAUCAAAUAUAACGAAUUUCCCUUCGAAUUCUGUGACCCUUUCGAGACGACCAAGUUCCGUAUGGGGUUGCGACAACUAUUCAGCGGCUGUUUACGUUUUUACAAAGAGAGCCGCAAUUUUUGCGAAAGAAUUGACGAAUUACUUAGAAGCUUCGAAUUCGGAUUUGAUGCUAAAUGCUGAAAAUUAUACUGCUCACGCCGCACUUUCGGGCAAGGAACAAAAAAUCAAAGUACUUCGUGCCGGGAUCGAAGUUUACAGAGAUCUCAACAUUAUUUCGAAGAUCCUAUGGCAAGAUUCUUGGAACGCAAUCUCAUUGCUUGGAGAACAAUUGUCGGACGAACUGGAAACCCAAAUUUCUAGGAUGACUUUUUGAUCCAGAAAUUAUAGAGAUCAAUCGGCAGACAAAAGAUGUACUUGAAUUGACCGAUGAAAUUCAAAGUUGGUCAUUCGUAGCAUUUUAAAUUAAUUUCAGAUUUAUUAUAAAUUGUUUGAAAUUA